UUGGUAUCUGCUUGUAGCGACGGACACCACCGGGCCUCGAACUCCGAGCUUGUUUGCAGUUUACAAGUUAAACUUGCGCAACUUUUACUUCGCUAACUUUCAGCUAAAGCUCUACACAGUUUACAGCUAUUAUCAGUGCGCGAGGCUAAGAGGGAGCAUAUUUUCCGAGUUUAAAGGCUUUGAAAAACUUGUCCAACUCCGCUUCCAGCAGCUACACCACAGCUAGCAUGUCGACGGGUACGAAUCAAGUGAAAAGCUGCCCUAUCCCUACCAAGGUGCUCACCCUGAAGGACUGGUCCCAGCUACCGGACUGCUACAGCCAGACACCCGGGGGGACGCUCUUCUCCACCACGCCUGGAGGUACUCGCAUCAUCUAUGACAGGAAGUUUCUCUUGGACUGUAGAAAUUCCCCUCUUGCCCGGACCCCCCCAUGCUGUCUGCCCCAGAUCCCAGGGGUAACGGUACCGGCCACACAUCCCAUGGGCAAAUUGCAGGAUCUCAAAGAGGAGGCAGAGGAGGAAGAGAAGGACAUUGCAGAUGACAGCCAGUUUGAGAUGGACAUCUGAGCUGCAGUAUUACCUCCUGUGGAGAGUUAUUUGUUAAAACACCUCCAGGGUCAUGAAUGACUGUUAUGCAUUACAUUUAAAGCUUUUUUUUCAGCCUUUUUUUAAUUAAAAGCUUUAGUGAGGAACCAGAAAGAAUGAAGAAGUUAGAAAACGGUAGGGUGUUUUUCACCCUAAAAAAAGUAUUAAACUGAGAAAUUGUAUCAAUUAUAUUAACUGGGUUGAUUGGUUGCUCACUCACUUGAGAGCUUCAGCAGGAUUGAAAAAUCCAUUUUGAUUUCACUUUUUUUUUAUCUUUUGUAAAUAAGAAACAUGUACUAUGUAGCCUAUUUUUUAAGUUGGAGAAUAAAAGAUGAUUACAUUAAGACAUGUAAGGUAGGGUUUUUGUUUUGUUUUCUUGUGUAUCCCCAAGAAAAGGAAGGGUGACUUCCUUUGGGGUCAGAGCCUACUGAAAAUCGGCUCCUACUUUGUUUUGUAUGGAGGAGGAAAUGGAAUGUGAAAAAAAAUAAAUAAAAGCUGAUAAAACUGUUUAUAA